CCACGAGAAGCCCGGCCGGGAAAUUCCUGGAUGACGAGUCCUUCCCAGAGGUCAGGAAUUUCUAGGGAAGGGACCACCAGCACGCCCUCCCCGCCCCACUGCAGACCCGGAGACACUGGGCUCAGAUGGGGAAACCGAGGCCCAGAAAGGGGUGUGCCCCGCUCAAGGCCCACCAAGGGAGGACAAAACUGAGUUGAGUGAUGAUCAAGCCUGAGCUGUUGGGACCCAGCCUUGUGCCCCCAGGAGCCUGUCCUGGCCCAGCCCUGGUCCCAGAAAGGGAAAGGGCUUAGCCAGCCAAUCAGAAGCCGUCGUCGGACAAUGGGUCAGCGCCAGAGGGAUUCGAGUCCGCCCUGGGCGCCGGUCCCUGCGCCCCACGUACCCGGAUUCUCGGCCAGUCUCGCCACCCUGCCUGCGACCCCCCGCACCCUUCCCCUCCUGGACAGCCCCGGCACCACCUCGGGGGGCGCGCGCGCCCCGUGCAGCCUUGGCGCGCGCCCGCGGGUUUUCCGCGAUUGCCAAGAGGGACGGGCCGGUUGGGGCGGGGUCUGAGGCUAUUUCAGGCCGCGCCAGGGUUUGAGGGACUGCGGCGGCCGGCUGACACGACCUGGGCGCUGAGAUUGGCGUGACAGACACGGGGACUCAGGACACAACGCUGACUGAGGCCCGGCCAGCGGCUGGCCCUUGGCCGUGUGGUGUCACCGCAUCGUCUCAGCAGCACUCGGAGAGCCACGGGCCGCAGGACUUUGAAGGGUGAGGAGGAUUUUGUGGCCCAGAGGCAAGAAGGCAGCGAUGCCAUGCGGGGACCUGCGAGAGCAAGGUCUGGAGGCCUGAGCCAGGGCGAUGCUGAAGAUGCUGACCCUCUUCCAAGGCCUCCCAGGCCAGCAGCCGGUGCCAGGAGUUCUUGACCGCCUUGGAAGCCCCCAGAAGGAGCCCUCCACGUCAGAGGCUGGGUCAGAGGCCUCCAUGUCGGAGGCCUCCUCCGAGGACCUAGUGCCACCACUCGGACUGGAGGCCGAGGCAGCCCCGGAGAGGGAGGAGGAAGAGGCUUUGAAGAAGAAGAAGAAGAAGAAGACGAAAGGCCUGGCCAACAUGUUCAGCGUCUUCACCAAAGGGAAGAAGAAGAAGGGCCAGCCCAGCUCUGCGGAGCCGGAGGGCGAGCUCCAGGCCCCUCCUGGGCCAGCGGCCCGGUUGCCCACAGUGGAGGAGCUCAAGGCGGACCUGGAGCUCGGGCGGCUGGAGGCGGUGGGCGCAGUGUCCCUCAUGGCAGCCCCGUCUGCCCACAGUGAUAUCAUCAACAGCCCCAAGCUGGCGGGCGAGCUGCAGGGAGUCAAGCUGGGGAGUCUCCUGCCCCGGAAGCAGAUUCAGCUGCUGGAGGCCACGUUCCUGUCCAACGAGGUGACCAGCGUGAAGGAGCUGAUGGCCCGCGCCCUGAGGCUGGAGUCACAGCGCUGGGCCCAGGAUGUGGCCCCCCAGAGGCUGGAUGGCCACUGUCACAGCGAGCUGGCCAUCGACAUCAUCCAGAUCGUCUCCCAGGGCCAGGCCAAGGCCGAGAGCAUCACCCUCGACCUGGGCAUGCAGAUAAAGCAAAUGCUGGUGAUGGAGCUGGCCGCCUUCCUGAGGAGCUACCAGCGGGCCUUUGAUGACUUUCUGGAGAGGUGCAAACAGCUGAAGAAUUACAGGGUCAAUAUCAUCGCCAACAUCAACAAUGGCCUGUCCUUCCGGACAUCCGUGGAGCAGAAGUGGCAGUCAUCACAGGACCUCCUGGGCCCCCUGAGUGAGCUCAAGGGCCAUGGCUUUGACGCCCUGCUCCAGAGCCUGUUCGGGGACCUGAAGCCGCUGUUCAAGAGGUUCACGCAGACCCGCUGGGCGGCCCCCGCACAGACCCUGGAGGCGAUCCUCUUCACCGUGGGAGAAAGGCUGCCUGAGUUCUCGGAACUGCACGACUGCUUCCGAGAGGAGCUCAUGGAGCUGAUCCACCUGCACCUGGUGAAGGAGUACAUCAUCCGGCUCAGCAAGCGACGCGUGGUCCUCAAGACGGCGGAGCAGCAGCAGCAGCUGGCGAGGCACAUCUUGGCCAACGCCGACCUCAUCCAGCGCUUCUGCACUCAGAACGGGUCCCCGGCGGCCUGGCUGCAUCAAGCCCUCCCCACGCUUGCUGAGAUCAUUCGCCUGCAAGACCCCAGUGCCAUCAAGAUCGAGGUGGCCACUUAUGCCACCUGCUACCCCGACUUCAGCAAAGGCCACUUGAGCGCCAUCUUGUCCAUCAAGGGGAACCUUUCGAACAACGAAGUCAAGAGCAUCCGAAGCAUCCUGGAUGUCAACACAGGGGCGCACGAGCCCGUCAAGUCCUUAUUUUCACUUAUAAAGAUUGCUUAGCUUUCCCUGCAGCCUAACCCGCUUGUGGGCGCCCAGCGAGCAUCAGACAUACCCCACUUGGGCGCAGUCUCUUCGCCUGGGGGUAGUUCAGACCAGCGCCAGCUUCACAGCCCCUCAUAAGCUUCCUGCCUUCUGCUGCCGCUUCUGCCCAGCCCUGGCAGAGGUGCAGGCCCAUAGACAGCUGGAGCUGGACAGGCCCGUUUGUUACCUGUCUGGUGGGGCAGGAACACCUAUGGUGAGGAGCCAACGAAUCCAUAUCUGAGAAACAGCAGCUGGCUAUGCGUGCACUGAAGGAGAGAGAGUGGCUAAGGGUCAGACACGCGGGUCACUUCCUGUCUGCUCUGCCUCAGAGCCGCCCUGUUCACGGGCCGGUCUGAGUCCCCUCCCAGCUGCCUGGGCCUCAGGCUGAGCGUCCCCUACUCUGCCUCCUCCGGCCCAGGGACGCGAUGAGCCAAGCUCAGCAAGUCUGAGGAAUUGAAGACAGAUCCUGAAAAAGAAGGGAAAGGCAAGCUGUUAUCUGGGGCCUGAAAAGGGGCCCGUGGGGUCACGCAGCAAGCCGGGGGCAGAGCCGGCAUCACACCACCCCCCAGAUGCCCCAGGACCCCUGCAGCCUGGACCCUGAGCCCUCUCACUCCCCAGGGACAUCUCCUGAGGGUGGGCUCCAUGGACCCUCCACCUGGGGGUCCGGCUGCCGUCUGGGCGGGGCAAGCCUGACCUCUGACUCCUUGGCCUUGGUAUUAGUUUCCUAUUGGUCCUGUAACAAAUUUCCACAGACUUAGUAACUUAAAAACAAGACAUCUUUCAUUUCUGAGAUCAGAAGUCUGAUACAGGUCUAGCAGGAGACAAUCACGGUGUCCCAGGCUGAGUUCCUUCUGGAGGUUCUAGGGGGGAAUUCCCUGGCCUUUUCCAGUUUUUAGAGGCUGCCCCCCACUCCCACAUUUCUCGGCUCAUGGCCGCCUUCCAUGUCAAAGCCAGCGAUGUGGGUGGCACCCUCUUCCCCUCACAGCCCUUCUCCCCUGCCUCAUCUCUGCACUUUUAAAGACUCGUGAUCACCUUCGGCCCACCCAGGACCCUCCGAUCAAGCUGAUCAGCAGCCUUAACUAGCUCCCCUCCCCCCAGGGGACCUGACACAGUCACAGGUCCCAGGGAUCAGGACGUGGGCAUCUUGAAGGGACCGUGAUUUCGCCUGCCACAGCCCCCAUCCAUCCCUUGUCCUACCCCCCGGGAGGACACCAGUUCGGUUAUCCCCCUGGGCCUCUGCCUACCCCGAAGGCCCUCAGCACUAGAGGGGCCGCUUCACACGCAGGCCUGACUCGGCCUCUCCCGUGCCUCUGAGGGUGCCACCAGGGGUGGAGCCAGCUCUCUGGGGUUUGUCCCCCUCUUUCCAGGUACGUGGCCAGGACCUGGCCUGUGUAAAUGGUGAACGAAGGCCUUUGUACACUUGUAAGACUAUAGGAGGUAGCGUGUUCGAUGUUAUUAAUAUUAUUUUUGAUAGUGCUGCUUUUGUACGUGUGUACUCGGGACAGGACCCGGGAUUUUUAUAGCUUGAUAUAAAGCUGAUUUCAGAAGUGA